CUCGCCAGAGAUCGCUCGCAUUUAAACAAAAAAGAGUAACCAUAAAACAGUACAUUAUUAAAAAAUAAACAAGAACACCACGCCGCGCCGAUACAAUCGCAGCGAAGUAGAUGUGUGUAAAUAUUUCGACGUUAUCAGCUGUUCUCAGUUAGCAUACAGCAACCGUCAGUACCACAAGUUUUGCGGAAUUAAAAACGCUUGGUGCAACAGGAAAGCGAGACCUUCGGAAUAAUUAGUCGCAAUAACAGGCAGUUGGACAAGUUUUAAUAAUGGGAAAGAAAACUAUAUUCUGGUCUGUUUUGUUGCUGCUUGUCCCUGUGACGCUAUCGAGUGGAUCAGCCAAAAACCACAAGUGCAUUCCGACUGGUUAUACGAACAUUUGCAUCCUAGAGUAUGUUUACUACAACCGAAGCGUCACAACGCAACACAUCUUCCCUCAGGGCUACCAGCAUGUAUGCAUUGGGAGCAGCGUCUGGAGAAAUGGAAUCGAAUCUGUUAUUCCGUCAUUUGAUGCCAAGAUGUACGCAGAGAUGGGACGACCACAAGCACUAGAAUUAAUGAACGUGUUGAUGACGGAUCUGGAAAUUCCCCGCAAACUUAGUUUCGGUAAUUUCGGCGACAACAAACUGAAAUAUUUCGCUGUAGAACAUGAUGAUUCAAUGGAACCAAUGUUGUCCUAUCUUGAUUUGUCUCGGAACUCGCUCGCCAAGCUGACGAAUAUUACUACACUUGUGAAGUUGGAAGCACUUUAUCUCUACAACAAUCGUCUUGAUUCGCUCGAGCCGGAUGUGCUACGAAAGCUUACAAAACUUAAAAUCUUGGAUCUCAACUACAACAACAUUGUUCAACUAUGCGGGGAUUGUCUCCCUCAAAGUUUAACACACUUGAGACUGUACUAUAACGAUUUGAAAAAGCUGAAUUAUAGCGAUCUUUCGUUGCCAUCACUGGAGAUACUCAACGUUGAACGAAACAAGCUCGCAUCCUUCGACGCAUCCGCUCUGGUACUAGCGAUGCCGAAGCUGACACAUAUCAGCCUCAGUGGAAACGAUCUCGGCAAGGAGGUGCUGCUGAAGGCGUUUGAGGUUUUCGACCGUCACAAUAUCAGCCACAUAGUGGACGGCGAUGAAGUUUCCUGCUACUACGGAGAUGAACUCGUCGAAGGAGUAUGUGUAAACAGGCAUGUGAUGAGCGGUAGCGGCUGGGUGCGAGGUACUCUCCUCACCAUCCUAACCCUGCUGAUCGGAUUCAUAUUUUUGCUGGUCGUUCGAUGGGUGUUUAUUGCGAUGAACAAAUGAGAGUGACUUGGCGGGCGGAAGGAGACUAAAUCGAACCAAAUGAAGGAACAAACUAUUAUAUAAAAAGUAUGUGUUACCAUAUACGUUAUAUCUUUAUUUGUAUCCAAUCUCCAUGCGACCUAUCGCAUGGAGUGCAACUACAGAACUCACUUACAACUAAUUACAAAAGUCUUAAGCUAAACUUCCAAA